AUGGACAUUACCAGCGAAAAGCUUCGGUCUGGUUGGCUCUAUAUAUCAAUCGGGAUUCGCUGUGCAAGAGCACCCUCCAUCUACGCUCAUGUCCACGCCGUCCAUGCUUCCCGAAUGAUGCAACCCGUUGCUCCUCUGCGAUGCUGCGCAUGUGCGACUUCACAGGCGGCUCGUGGAAAUCGGUACUCGAGUCGACCCAGCUGGCCGUCCCGUCGUACCCAAGCCGGCGAUGCGGCAAACACGUCGUCCCAUCAAAGCCGGACAUACGCGAGCGGCAGUUCAACACUACUGGAGCAUGUUCACCUGAAGGGAAGGGAACUGAUGGCCGGCCUGGUGUCAUAUGACCAGGCUGAAGCCGCCCAGGAGGAGCAUCGCACCAGGUUCCUCUGCUGGAAGGCCAUGCCCGAGGAGCAAAAGGCAUCUAUUCCUGCAUGGAAGAGUCCCAAGCCGCGACUGAUUUCGUUCGAGUCCGCUCCCGUGUUUACGCUGGGCCGUCGACAAGAACACCUGGCGCCGGAGCAGAUGUCCCGCCUGCAGAAGACGCUGGAGAUUAGCUUGCCGCAUCGCCGCCCCCCCUUUUCACGGCGCUUCUGCCCUUUGGUGAAGAAAACGAACCGCGGCGGGCUGACUACCUAUCACGGCCCUGGCCAGAUGGUGCUUUGGCCGGUUUUGGACAUGCACUCCCCGCUGUAUCCCAAGUAUGGCGUUGCCUCGUACGCGAACCACCUGGAAACGACGACGCAGCGCUUCUUGUCCGAGCUCUUUGGCAUCCCAACCUACGUUGUCGGCGACGAGCCCGGCGUGUGGGUCUCUGCAUGCGCUGGACAGCCGCGCAAGAUUGCCGCUCUGGGGGUGCAUCACCGACGAUACGUGACUGCCCUGGGCAUUGCUGUCAACAUUGAUAUCCCGGUGACGGGAAGCGAGGCGGUCAAUCCCUGGGCUCGGUUCGUCCCGUGCGGCCUCGACGGCAGAUUGGUGACGUCGGUCGCGUCAGAAGUCGGCACCGAUUCGGCAAUCGGCUGGGACCUGGAGGACCUGGCGGGUCGCUGGGCAGCGCUGUUUGAAGAGGGAUUGUUGGACGAGACGAAGCGACGGAGCGACGGAGGAGAGGCAAACGAUGAUGGUCUGCGACGCUGA